AUGAACACACAAGAGUCUUCUGCAUCGAUGCGAUUACAGCGAGUCAGCUUGUGUCUCGGCAUGGCAUCGAACGCAGUGACGAUGACGGCGACGUCAAACCCACGCAAUAAGGUUCUCACUGAGGACAAUGUCUUCGUGAACCUUCGCAAAAUGGAGUACGCGGUGCGCGGACCACUGUUCAUCAGGGCACUGGAGAUCGAAAAAGAGCUACAAAAAGGCGUUGAAAAACCCUUCAAGGAGGUGCUCAAAAUGAACACUGGCGACGCCCACGCGAUGGGUCAGCAGCCUAUCACGUUUCUGCGGCAGGUACUCACCCUGACGGUCUCGCCGAAUUUGCUCAACGAUCCGAGAUAUCCGGAAGAUGCAAAAAAUCGCGCCCGGAUGAUCCUGGAAAAUUGCAAUGGCGGUAGCGUAGGCUCAUACCCGGAGACCAGAGGCAUCGAGAGUAUUCGCCAACACGUUGCGCAAUACAUUCAGGAACGUGACGACGGUAUCCCCUGCGAUUACCGCAAUAUUAUCCUCUUGAACGGCGCUUCUAUCGGUAUCAAGUCAUUCCUGAAUCUAUUCAACGAAAGAAUCGACGACAAACCAUCCGGCGUGCUGAUCCCAAUUCCGCAGUAUCCUCUAUACUCGGCGACCAUAACGGAGUUUGGUCUCGCUCAGAUCGAAUACUACCUGGAUGAGGACAACAAAUGGUCGCUAGAAGUCAGCGAGCUAGAACGAGCGUUAAGAAAAGUCGAGGAUACAUGUAAUCCUCGUGUACUGGUGGUGAUCAAUCCCGGUAAUCCGACCGGCCAAGUAUUGACUCGCAAGAACAUCGAAAACGUCAUCCGCUUCGCCCAUAAACAUCAUCUGUUCUUAUUGGCCGACGAAGUCUAUCAGGAUAACGUAUACGACAAAGACAGCGCAUUCCAUUCCUUCAAGAAGGUCAUGACAGAGAUGGGCAAACCGUAUUCAAAGAUGGAACUUGCAUCGUUUAUGUCCAUCUCGAAAGGAUAUAUGGGUGAGUGUGGGAUCCGUGGCGGUUAUGCUGAAAUUGUCAACAUGGAUCCGAAAGUAAUGAAGGUGCUAUUGAAGUCAAUUUCUACCAUAUGUCCUACCGUGCUCGGCCAGAUUGUGUUGGACGUUGUAGUGACUCCACCGCGAUCGAAUGAGCCAUCGUACGAGCUGUUCCAGAAGGAGAAGGAAAGAAUCCUGCAUUCACUUGCGGAGAAAUCACAGCUCGUCGACGACAUACUCAAUAGUAUUCCAGGAUAUAAGCCCAAUCCGCCGAUGGGUGCGAUGUACGCAUUUCCACGCUUCGAACUGCCAUCGAACGCGAUUGAGGCAGCGCGAGCGAAAGGCCAAGAACCAGACGUCUUCUACGUGUCCGAAUUAUUGGAGAACACUGGGAUUUUAGUGCUUCCGGGCUCAUACUUCGGUCAGAUACCUGGUACGAAUCAUUUCCGCACUACGAUACUGCCGCAAAAGAAGAAAAUCAAAACAAUGCUCAAAGCACUGAAGCAAUUCCACAUCAAGUUUCUUGAGAAAUACAGUUGAAUAAUAGAUUUCCGGUGAGAAAAAAAUCGACAAAUUAUGAAGAAUAGGAAUCAUACAAUGACCUCCUACGGUUGUGCAUAUCCAAGUGAAAGUUUAAUUUUUGAACAUAUUAAGAACGUAAAAUGUUUUUGUUAUGAUU